CUCACCCUGCUUCCUUGAUCUCAAAGCAGAUAACUUUGGCAAAAGGGGAGAGAAGAGAAGGGGAAUGUCAGUCAGUGCCAGCCUCUAAAGUGCUUUUUUUGGGUUUUGCGGGGGGGAAUGCCUGUAAUUAUUGAAGGAAUCUGAGUAGGGAUCAGUAACCCCCUCUCUUCACAGUUCUCUCCCAUAUAACUUGCAGGCAGCCUUCAUUCAUUAAUUCAUUCAUUCGUUCAAGCCAUUAGGAAAAAAAACAAAGGGGCAAUAAGUGAGGGAGACUUCAUAAUCAUUGUAGUAUUAUGGGGAUCAAUGGAGGGAUUGUUCGGAGUGUCUUCUCCAAGACACGUUCUUCUGCUUCUUUCGGAACUUAUCACCAUCAUGGCAAUGGAAGAAGCAAUGCUGGUGAGAAGAAGAGGUGGAGUGUGGUGAGAUCAUACCUUUGUGGGGAUGAGUUCAACUCGGUCCAAGCUGAGGAGGAUUCUGCUUCUGUGAAGAGCUCGGAGCCUGUCUCACAAUUCGCUCCGGCUGAUGAUUCUGUGGAGACCAAUGCAAUGAUGAUCGAGGAGGGAGAUGCAGUGAAGGAAAAGGAGCACAAUACUACGCAGUCUAGCUUGUUCCUUCAGGAGGAUGCAGCGAUCAUCAUCCAGACUGCAUUCAGAAAGCUGAUGGCUAGACGUCAGGAUGAGGAAGAAGCAAAAGCCAAGGAUGGUGAUAAGCAGGAGCAGCACCAAGAAAUGGGAAGUGGAAGUCCUGGCAGGUACUCCGUGAGCACAUCCGUCGAGGUUCAGACUGGUAACUCUGCAGAUCAUCUCUCCAUAGCAGAAAACAAUGGUGAACAACGCAACGCACAGAAGAAAGCCAGCAGAUGCCAAGAUUUCAGGUCCAAGGAAGACUGGGAUGACAGCACGCUUAGCAGUAACAUGUUAAGAAUGAGGAUUAAGAACAGACUGGACGCCACUAACCGCCGUGAACGAGCACUUGCUUAUGCUUUCUCACAACAGCUGCGGAUCUGCUCAAGGAGCAAGCAAGCCAGGUCCGAAUGUACGCAGCAGCAGCAGCCUAGCAUGAGUUGGCAUUGGCUUGAACGGUGGAUGGCUACCCGAGCUCCUGAAUUCUCGUUCGAGAGCCAUUCAAACAAGCAAUUUGAACAGCCAUCAAAGAACAACAGCCACAGAGAAGGAAAAAGCAAAUGUUUGGAUUUAGCAGUAGAAGAGAGGGAGAGCUGUGGGUCUAAUGAAGUACCUGUCCCUGCAAAGAGCUUAAAAGCCGACGCGAGAUUAGAAAAUGGCUCUUUCAUCAUCACAACCAAAAACGGAGCCAAGCCUCUAAGAAGUAUCUCCAGGAGGAAAACAGUACCAAGCUACCAAUAUCCUCCAAAAGAGCAAAAGGUGAAGUUCUCUGGCUUUCAAAAAGAGAACAGCUCAGUUGUAUCUUUUUUUUUACUGCAGUCUGAAACUUACCUUUUCUUCGUCAAUAUGUUUCUUGCUCUCAAACAGACAGUCGAGAAGAGUUGUGCCAAUUUAGAGCACGACAAAAGGCAGAAGCUGAAAAGAUCAAAGAGCAACAGAGAAACCAAGUGCAAAGAUGCUUCAGCAUCUUACAGCUAUGGCAAUAUGCACUUCCUUGUGAACUGA